AUGAACACAAGUGUCGAUAAGAUGCCGCACAUGAGAACUUCGUGGAGUGCUGCGGGCUCCCCUUUGACCAGCGUAGCUCAGGACAAUCUUAAGAGGAGAGUUUUCUCAGUGAGAGACGUUCAUGACUACAUCGCUCACAAGAACAAGGCGGAUGUCAACAUUCAGACAGACCCGCCGACUAAGAAGAGGUUUCAGACAUUGGUGUGCUUGUGGAGAAACAAGUUCACAGUGAUGAUUGCUUUGUUGCUGGUUUCGGCUGCCGUCUGGAAGCUCAGGGAUCAAUACGAGACUAUCACGGCCCUCAACGUGGAAAGGUCAAGUCUGAUUGCUAUCAAGCAUCAACUUGAGAAUACAUGUCACGAUAUGGUCGAGCUGUCGAGGAAGGAAUCAGAGGUGAACACCCAGAAGCGCAUCGAGUCUCUCGUUGAGCUCCACAGGAAGGAGUUGGACACUUGCCGCACAGAAAUCAAGAGGAUGAAGGAAGAGAGGGAUGAAGAGUUGAGAACGAAACGGCAAGAGAUUUUUGAUCAUAGGAAAGCAAGAAAUAACCAGCUCGACGAACCUGUCGAGAAAGAAGUUGGACAAAUAGAUCCAUCAAUGUCUCUGGACCAUGAAGAAGUGGCGCAACCUCAAGGAACUGUCAAGAACAUUAGAUCGUUGUCAACCGGCGAGGCAAAAGUUGCAAACAUGACCAGCGAUUCAGCAUCAGGCAUGCCGUCAGCGGGUGAACAUCCCCGUCAAAAUGGAGAAGCUGCCUCAGAAUCUCCUCUUUCUGACAUCCAUCCGCAAAACUUCCGGAGCGAGAGAGAUCGAAGGCGAGCGGAUGAGAGAGAAAAGAGCUUGAAGAAGCGUAUGCUGCUCAAUCAAGCUCGAGAACGCAUGAAGCAAGAGGCAAGUGAGAGAAUUCGACGAGAAAAAGCAGCGAAAGAGGAAACAGAGCGCAAGAGGGAAGAGUUAAUCAGAGAAGAGAAACGAGCAUCGAUCCCUUCAUUCAAGCAGUUGGGGAAAGUUUCAUCUUUGAAGGAUGUUCAACGACCAAAGACUAUCAUUCGAUCUUUUAAGGGAAGACGAGGAGACGAACUUGGAGGAGGGAAAGCGGAAGAAGAGCAGCUGUUGAACGAUGAGACCAAGCUUGGGGGUCAAGACAAGGAGGCAGAUAUUGAUACAAGAAAUGAUUCUUCAACUGAAGGUUUCUCCUCUGCACUUCCUCCUACUCAAUCUGGCAACGAGACGGCAGAUCUGUCCAGAUUGCAAGCGCAGACUCAGGAACUUGUUGUUGACAUCACAGAUCGCCUGAAACGAGGAUCGCUGCAGUUAGUGAAAGAAGACUUGUCCCUCCUCCGAGCCCAUCUCGAAGUCACCAAGGACACACAUAAUGAGCAGACUCUGUCUGAGCUAGAAGGCUUGUACCUAAAACGAGUCAACGAACAAGUCGGAGAUCGAGCUCUCGCUGAGUUCGGUGAGGCACUGGGGAUGAGGAACAUUCAUGUGGCAGAGAGCAUGCUCGAUCGUGCUGUGGAAGCGUUCAAGAGGGCAGGAGUCAACAGAGAGGCGGAGGUCAAGGAGAUGAGGGAGCGACUGAAGUCUCUCAGGGAGGGCUCCAUGCAUCCUCUUAACUUGGACGAGUUCAUGCCAGACGAUAUUUUGAACCUGGCUGAAGAUUCUGGAAACCGGUUGCAGGAAGCUGAGAGCAAUCAAUUUGUUCAAGAGCAGCCGACCGUCCUGCCAAGGGAGAAGAGUGUUCAAGGAGAGAUAGUUAAGGAUCCUACAGAGCUUCAAAGAGAACGCAAGACUCCAGGCAUGACGAUCCCUCAAUCUGAAAACAGAAUUCAGCAUGAAUCGGUCACGAAUGGCAACUCUGCACAGGAUUCUUUAUCAGAAAGGAUUGCUGUCAAUAGCCACACGGACAAGAAGCGAGAACUGCAUUCAUUUGGAGAUAUCGAUCUGAACAAUGAUCAACUCAAGGAACCCCGACUUGCAGUCACAAAGGAGCAAAACGUCGAGAUGCAUGAUCAUUCAUCCAGUGAGGCGCAAGCUCACAUGAGGGAUUCAGGGCAAGUUCGAGCCGAACCAACUGAGCUUCCACAACACGAAGAUCUGAUCAAGUCCGAUACUAACAAACAGAGAAUCAACUUGCCGCCAACAAAUGAAGCAGCAGCAAGACAGUCACCGUCUAUUAAUGAAGAACAAUUGAAACAAAUUUCAACUCCAAACAAAUUUCAAGAUAUUCCCAACACCUCAGCAGAGCAGCCGACAAAGGAAAAAUUGACACCACAUAACAUAGAGAGGCAUAUAGAUGCUAACGAUAAAGCCCAGGCAGGAAGCCAGCAGGGCGGCAACGGCCACCCGCAGCCAGAGCAUGGAGCAGCAAGCGCGGAGAGGCAGCAGGCGACCAGGCCGGAGGAGGCAGCAGGGAGCGAGGAGCAGGAGCAGAGCAAGGGACAAGCUCAGGCGGGACCCUCGGCCACGGGCGAGGCAGGGGCCGGGGAGAGCCAAGGGGUCAGGGCAGCAGACGGAGCAGCCCAGGCAGGAAGCCAGCAGGGCGGCAACGGCCACCCGCAGCCAGAGCAUGGAGCAGCAAGCGCGGAGAGGCAGCAGGCGACCAGGCCGGAGGAGGCAGCAGGGAGCGAGGAGCAGGAGCAGAGCAAGGGACAAGCUCAGGCGGCACCCGCGGCCACGGGCGAGGCAGGGGCCGGGGAGAGCCAAGGGGUCAGGGCAGCAGACGGAGCAGCCCAGGCAGGAAGCCAGCAGGGCGGCAACGGCCACCCGCAGCCAGAGCAUGGAGCAGCAAGCGCAGAGAGGCAGCAGGCGACCAAGCCGGAGGAGGAGGCAGGGAGCGUGAAGAAGCAUGGGGGUGGAGUAGAGGAGCAUGCAGCCGAGGCUGUCAAGGAGCAGAGCAAGGGACAAGCUCAGGCGGGACCCGCGGCCACGGGCGAGGCAGGGGCCGGGGAGAGCCAAGGGGUCAGGGCAGCAGACGGAGCAGCCCAGGCAGGAAGCCAGCAGGGCGGCAACGGCCACCCGCAGCCAGAGCAUGGAGCAGCAAGCGCGGAGAGGCAGCAGGCGACCAGGCCGGAGGAGGCAGCAGGGAGCGUGAAGAAGCAUGGGGGUGGAGCGGGACCCGCGGCCACGGGCGAGGCAGGGGCCGGGGAGAGCCAAGGGGUCAGGGCAGCAGACGGAGCAGCCCAGGCAGGAAGCCAGCAGGGCGGCAACGGCCACCCGCAGCCAGAGCAUGGAGCAGCAAGCGCGGAGAGGCAGCAGGCGACCAGGCCGGAGGAGGCAGCAGGGAGCGAGGAGCAGGAGCAGAGCAAGGGACAAGCUCAGGCGGGACCCGCGGCCACGGGCGAGGCAGGGGCCGGGGAGAGCCAAGGGGUCAGGGCAGCAGACGGAGCAGCCCAGGCAGGAAGCCAGCAGGGCGGCAACGGCCACCCGCAGCCAGAGCAUGGAGCAGCAAGCGCGGAGAGGCAGCAGGCGACCAAGCCGGAGGAGGGGGCAGGGAGCGUGAAGAAGCAUGGGGGUGGAGUAGAGGAGCAUGCAGCCGAGGCUGUCGAGAUGUCGGAGGCAGGAGGGACGUCAGGGUUUGGUGAACCCCCGGAAGGCUCGUUGGAGUCCGUGAAAUCGAGGAUGCUCAAUAUUCAGAGCCAUCGGCAGUUUUUCGAGGAGCAUCAUAAGAGGUCGAUGUCUCAGGAGGGCAGCGAUUGCGGUCAUGUGUCGGGAGGUGGACGGGCUGCUGAAGGUGGUGGAGACGGCGGGGCCAGCAUGGAAGGAUUGAAGUUUCAGCACAAGAUCAAGUGA